UUCCCCCAGUUGAAUAAAAUAAGAUUUCCUAAAAAUAAGGGAAAAAUCUUGUUUUGUCUUAUUUUCGUGAACCCAAUCUCGUCUCUGGUCUUGUGGAGUAAGCGUCUCGUCACACCCCAAUUUCUAGUGUUACAAAAGUAAGAAAGAAAUAUGAGUGGCAGUUGAGGUAAAAUUGCUUGUGAUCAUGUUCCCUCAUGUCUGAUGCCAGAGGGGAAUGUUAUGGUUUAAGUUGACAGUAUGGUGACAUAAUUCAAAUAAACAAUACUGUAGUUAGUACUGCGGUGUACAUGAUAAAGUGACGUUUUAUGCAAAAUCAAACUUUUAAAUCUGAUUUUAUUAAUGUAAACUAUGUAAUUACUACAGUGAUUGUCAUACAACUAACUGUAAGCUAAAUCAUUGACAAUAUUCAUUAUUCAUUGAAUUUUACAAUGCUUAUGCAAAGGCCAUUUUACAAAGAGACAGAAUAAAUGUAAGUUUUAUGCUUUUUAUGGUUUUGGGGACAAUUGCAAACAUUGCAGAAAUGCCAUAUACCUGUGGAGUUUUAUUUUAAGCUGAGAAUAACCACUUGAUCCCUUUAUAAAAUAAUAUUGAGAGUGAUGGAUUUUUAAAUUAAUAAAGAUUAUAAAAUAUUUUGUCUUUUUACUGCAUGUGAGUUUCGCAAUAAUGCAUUCUGAUGACUGAUCAUUCACAAACUUGGCAUGGGAGGAGUUUGUGUGUGUAAAGUUACUUUAAAGGAGUAUUACAUUGCCAUGUUGUAAGGUUUGUGCAACUUUACAGAAUCAUGGAGAAGAGCUUGCCUUUUCAUUACCCUUUACAGGAUUACCUGUUUACUUGGAUUGGACUGUUUUUCUCUUUGCUUGAUAUAGCAAUGGAUAUCUGGACAGUUGUGUCACUUUAUCGAAGUGAGGCUUAUGUGUUUAUGGGGCUGAUGAUCUUCUUUUUACUGGGCUCCUCAGUGUUGUUACAGGUAUUCAGUUGGCUCUGGUACUCUGAUUCUCUGGAUGAGCUUGAAACUGAGGUGGAGAAAUUUGCAGAGAGACAUGACUUGAUCAAACCACUUCACUUUCUGCAGCUUGGGGUCUACCUCAGAUAUGCUGGAGUGAUUGAAAUUUCCACAAAACGUUUUCUUCACCAGAAAGAUAUUUUCAAAGAGAGUGCGUACCUGAACCUUGACUUUAAGAUGCUACGCCUAUUUGAGACAUUUGCUGAAAGGACUCCACAACUCAUACUCAUGAUGUCUUUAAUUCUACAAAGAGGAAAGCUUCAGCUUUUUACAGGUUUAAAAUUUCUCACAUCAGCUGCUUCAAUUGCCAGUUCUCUUGCCAUGUACCACAACGGCAUUCGGAUUUGUUUUGAUGUAAAAUGCUGGACCGCCACUGCUGUCUAUUUGCUGUGGAACUUUCUGCUGAUCUUUCCCCGUGUGGCCGCUCUGGCACUCUUCUGCAGUGUAUUCCCGUGCCACAUCGUUGCUCAUUUUCUAUCUUUGUGGAUGGUGCUGGUGUUUGUGGCCUGGAGACAGAAAACAGAUUUCAUGGAAAGCAGCGGCUGGCAAUGGCUUUUCAAAGCUACAGUUGGACUCAUCUGGUAUUUCAGCUGGUUUAAUAUCUCAAAAAGUAAUACAAAGUUAAAGCAUGCCAUUUAUUGUAGCUUCUUGCUGUUAGACAUGAUGAUGCUUCUGGGCUUCUGGAGUUGGAAGGUGACCGAGUAUGCAGGCUGCUGGACCUCUUUAAACCCUGCUGUAGUUAUCCCAACACUACUAGGAUUGUAUAUCAUUGGAAAUCUAGUGAUGAUGAUGAACUACAAAUGGUUUUAUACUAGCUACAAACAGAAAACAGAUGAACUCAGUAAAAAAAUCAAAGAAGGUACAUUUAAAAAAGCAAUGCCAUUAGGUUAUAGCAUUGAGACAGAAACUGUAGAUGAAGUUCCUGGAGUUCUCCUUCGAAGUAAAAUCAUGGCAGCAGAUUUCUGCUUUUAGUUCUUAAUUCAAUUGUACAAACCCUUCCCUAUAUCCAGUUUUGUUACUGUAAAAUUUAUAAACUGUUAUAGACAAUAUACCUAUUUUCAUAAUGGAUUACUAUCUUAGGAAUAAAGCUGCAAAACCUGUCAGAGGGGAAGCAUCUUUUUAAAAGGUACACUUUUAUACCUUACAGGUGCACAUUAGUAUAUAAAAGGUACAAUGUGGUACUUUUAAUGUACAAUUUUAUACAUUUAGGGUACUAUGAGGUACCCUUUUCUAAAGUCACAGGUUUGUACCUUUAUUUCUGUGAGUGUUUGUGAGAAUUGUUUACAAGACAAACACUAUUUAGAUGGCUGUGAAGGAGUGGUAUCCUGAUCAAUGGCAAUUUUUAUAUAUUGUCUGCCUGUAUCCUUUCUGUGAUUUGAUAAUAAUAAAGUUUUGAAUCAAUG